AUGGCUUUGACUGGUAUCCCGUCCGAGACGACGUACAAGGUAUUUCGCGGCGACAGUUCUUCUUUUCCAACCGACAAGUUGAAGGCGAAUCUCAUUCACAAGGCAAAAGUGAAGAAGCAGUAUGCAAAGACACUGCAGAAGGAAUCCGACAACGGUUCUCUUACCUCCUAUUACCAGCGAUUGCUUGAAGAAGCAGACACAAGCACUGGGUCUGUCACGCCCAGACAGAAGACUACAAAUAAUAAUGCGACGGUUUGGGAUGCGGGGAGCAAGGACGACGACAACUCAUACGGGGAUGAUAAGACUGAAGUCGAAGACGAACAGGCCCAACGUUCGGGAUCAGAGGAAGCAUACGAUUUGGAUGCAUCAUCGAGCGAAGACGAUAUAGUCAGCAACGACAUUGGUUUGGAGACUCUGGAUGAAGCCUCUCAUCAUGUGCGUCCGCGUCCGCAAGCGUCACAAACACUGUUCCGACAAGAAACUGCCGGCCCUCAAGUUCAUCCUUCUCGCCGUCAUAAACCAUCGCCUUUUCAGCGCGCCGAGUCUCAUGCGGACCGCGUACGACGUGAACGCGAGGAACGUGAGAGCGAGGUCCAGGAGCAGGAGAAAGCAAAGAAAAACAAGCUGGAAGCUAGGCAGAACAGGAAAGCUGCUAUGAGCGCGAAGACUAGGAAGGGACAGCCUCUCAUGAAAAGUCGCAUGGAGGGACUAUUGGAUAAGGUAAAAAAGGUGAUGCAAUAGAUGUAUUAGCCUUCAUUAGGAUAUUUACUGCUGAAUCUAUCCCCAAAGCCUGCUUAACAAGCCCCCCUUCUUCGCUGGAACACCCUCUUCUUUAUGCUGCGCAGACGGUGGCUCUUCCUCCAAACCCUGUGCCGUCUCGUAGCCGAUAUAGUUAUAUGCAAUGUCAAAGAACACAGGCUUGACAGGUACCGCUUGGAAUUUAGGUGGCAAUUCCACCAGUCUACCGAGAUCCAACGGCACUGACAGGUCGGGGUAUUCGUUCAGAGCAUAGAUUAACGCAUUCGGUUCCGCGGCUUCGGUCGGC